CACCACCACUGCCCGCAAUGUCCUCCUCCACCUCCUCCCAUCCACCUCCACCUUCCUCACCCUCCUACAUCCUCAGCUACCCCUCCCCCAGCAUCCUCCUCAUCACCAUCAACCGCCCGCAACAAAUGAACAGCCUUCCCUCGGCCGCACACUGGGAAGCCGACGCAAUUCUGACCUGGUUCGACGACUCUCCGAUUUUGCGCGUGGCAGUGAUUACGGGAGCGGGAGAGAAGGCGUUUUGUGCUGGGCAGGAUUUGAUUGAGCAGGAGGAAAUUAGGAGGAGGAGGGAGACGAAGGGGGAGAAUGAGGGGAAUGGGAAUGGGGAGGGGAGAAUGUUGUUGAUGCAUCCUCCUUCGGGGUUUAUGGGUGUGAGUCGACGGGUGGGGAAGAAACCGGUGAUUGCUGCUGUGAAUGGAUGGGCGUUGGGAGGGGGAUUUGAGAUUUGUUUGGGGUGCGACAUCAUCCUCGCCUCCCCCAAAGCAACCUUCGGCCUCCCCGAAGCCUCUCGCGGCCUCUACGCCGCAGCAGGCGGUCUCUCGCGCCUCGUCCGGCUGGCAGGAAUGACACUCGCGAGCGAAAUCGCCCUCACAGGACGUAAUCUCUCCGCCGCCGAAGCUCUCCACCACGGCAUCAUCAACCGCAUCUCCCAGACCCCCGCCAGCCUCGUCCCGGAAGCGAUUGCAGUCGCGGAGAAAAUGUCAGAAUUGUCGCCGGAUGCGAUUAUUGUGACGAGGCAUGGAUUACGAGAGAGUUGGGAGCUGGCGAGUGUAGAGCGAGCGAGUCAGAGUACGGAUAAUCGGUAUGGGAGGGCGUUGAAAGAGGGAGAGAAUUUGAAGAUUGGGUUGAGGGCUUUUAGAGAGAAGAAGAAACCGAAGUGGGUUGCUAGUAAGUUGUAGUUUUUCUGUCUGUCUGUAGUACUCUGUAUGAGUUGCGAGUAUCGACCUUAUUCAAAGAAUGAAAAUGAAGGAAA